AUGGAAGGCACUCAUAUUACACAGCAGUUAUAUCAACCUAUCAAAGAAAUCUGUUUUAUAAGCUUCUACUGCCUUGGAGGAAAAGUCAAAUGGAUACCGUACACAUGCAAUACUUUACCGCACAGAUCCACGAAGCAUUUUCCUGAGUACUGUCAAGUAAAGGAGGAGCCAGGAACUGCUAAACAGAGAGGCUUGUAUUAUGACAACACUGCGUAUAUUCAGAAGCAACGUUCCACAACUAACGCAGUUACAGAGCCUUGUGCUGUGUUGCUCUGUUUUGUUGAAAAGCAACCAGAAUUUACUGAUGUGUUUACUAAAAGGUCAGAAUCCACUCAAAGCCUGAACAUGGGAAAUCAGGAUGGAAAACUUCUGGAGGUGCCAGAGACUGGAAGUAAACACGGUGAAUAUGAUGUGGAUUCUAGUGCAUCAGAUCUGCAGAAUUCGCUGUCAAUAACUUCUGAACAUAAGAAAAGUGAUGGUAAACUCAAAAGGCUGAAAAAACUUGCAAAAAGAAGAGAGUGUACCGAAGAGUCUUUACACAAAAAUGCAAAAAGUAAAUUGUUUGUCGAAGCAGAAUUUUCUUCUGUCAGCAUUGCUAAAGAAGUACCCCAGGGGAGAGAGCAGAGGAUGUGCAUGAAAAACUCUGAAAGCAGCUCAACUGAUUCAUUUAAUUACAGUAAAAGCAUAACACUCCAACCAGACAUAGUUGGCAUCAGCUUGCUACCUGAAACAGAAGGGGAAAAAUCACAUCUACCAAGAAACCAUUUGGAUUUUCAGGAAGCCUCAACAAUGCGUUUUUUGUCUGAGCAAGGCAACGACAUGAAUGAAUAUAGCACUGAUGAUAUAGUGACUGUUAAUCACCGAUUAUUGGAUAAUAUAGAAGACGCCCUCAAACACCUGCAUGAGAAAAAUGGGAAUGUCUUGCAUGGAAAGAAUUCAAAUGAGAGUUUACCUGACGCGAGCAGCAGCAUCAUGUCUAUCACCAAUUUAGCUUCAGAUCACAACGUGCAUCAAUGCGGAGACAGAACAAUCAAUGAGGAAACAGUGGUCACAGUAGUUGCCAAAAUGCAGGUUGCACCUGCAGUUGUGCAAAGUGUUGUACGGGCUUUUGGAGGGUCUGAGGAAAGCAAGACACAUGAACCUUCAGUGGAGGGAUCCAUAAAGAAUCGUUUUGAGGCCCAAAACCUUUCCACUGUGGUUACUGCAAUGAAGAGUGAAUCUGUGGCCAAUUGUGAUUGGGUCACACUACCUGAGACAGCCAUGGAAUGUAACACUACAGCAAUGUAUGAAAAGAAGAGCGACAAAGACACAAGCAUGCAGGUGGAGAGCAGUGAAGAAGUAGAAUCACAGACCUUCAGUGGAUAUGUCAAUAAAAGCCUUAAAAAAGUUGUUGAGUCAGACAAGUUUCAUGAAGCAGGUGAAUGGCAGAGAGUGGAAAAGAGCAAGACAGUUGCGGGCAGAACAAAUCUAAUUUGUGUUGACAAAGAUUUGUUAAGGGAAGUUAAAGUUGAAAAAAUAGAUAAAACAUCACCAAAAGUAUCUCUUCAUAAUAUGGAUGAAGUGUCCAUGGGUGAUAACAAUAAUCAGUUAGAUAUCAAAAACGAUUCUUUAUCUUUAUUAACUACUGUCAGUAAUUUUUUUAGCAGUCCAUCUCCCAAUAACAAUUCACAGAGUCCUGUGUCCCCCAAUUCAUCUCCACUGACCUCAAGAUUACCAAGUCCUCAAUUAAAUCACAGGAUUCUCCCAUUACCUAUAUCAGAUGCAGAAGAUGACAAUUCAAGGUUGAAUUUACCCAAGGAGAGUUAUAACACACCUAAAGAGGUGCCAGUGGAACAUACAGACUGCUGCAUAUUGAUAGAACAAAAUGACGCCAGCUCAAAUAGUUUGUUGCAAAAUCAGCAACCAAACUGGGAGGAACAAAAGGCACCUGAGUUUCUGUUACUAUCAGAGAAGACAUCCUUGAUGCAGAUGUGCACUGACCAGUCAGAAAGUGGAUCUUCUACUGAAAAGUUCUUGGUAACAUCUCGGCCAGAAUCCUUGGACCUCGUGCAGUUUACUGUGAACAGAGAGGCAAUUGACAGAGAAGAUCAGCUAACGUGUUGGCUGGAUGGUAAUCCAGAGCAGUUAUCUCCAACCCAGUCUGAAGAUCGAACUCCAGGGCGACUCCAGGCUAUCUGGCCACCUCCCAAACCGAGAGAUGAGGAGGGAAAAGUGGGCCUAAAAUACACUGAAGCAGAAUAUCAAGCUGCCAUUUUACAAUUAAAAAGGGAGCACAAGGAAGCUACAGAAAACUUACAGAAAGAGUUUGAGUUGAAACUUUUCAAUGUGCGUGGGGAGCAUGCUGAAGUGAUAGCUAAGCUUGAACAAAAUGUUGAACAGAAGAAUAAAGAUGGGAGGACUGAAAGGAGAGAUGUUGGAAUUUCCACACAAGAUGAAUAUGCACCAAAAUCAUUUCGUAAUGUCUGUGCACAGACUGAUCGGGAAAACUUCAUACAAUCAAACCAAGAGGAUGGUGUUUCCCGAAACAAUCAGUCUGUGCCAGGAAAGCUGAACCUUGAAUCCUUAAGCUUCACCAGUCAGUCAGAUCAAUCUCCACAAGGAUCAGCAUCUGUACCGCCUCCACCUCCCCCUCCACCACCCCCUGCCCCACCCCUUCCAGGCUGUGGACCUCCCCCUGCCCCACCCCUUCCAGGCUGUGGACCUCCCCCACCCCCUCCUCCACCCCCUCCCCCUCCUCCACCCCUUCCAGGCUGUGGACCUCCCCCACCCCCUCCCCCACCCCCUCCCCCACCCCUACCCGGCUGUGGACCUCCCCCUCCCCCACCCCUUCCAGGCUCUGGACCUCCCCCUCCCCCACCCAUUCCAGGCUCUGGACCUCCCCCUCCUCCACCACCCUUGGGCAAUUUCUCAGCUCUCUCCAGCCACAGUUUGGCCACAGCACCACGGAAGGCACCAAUAGAACCAAAUUGCCCUAUGAAACCUUUGUACUGGUCAAGAAUUCAGAUCAACAAUGUCAGGGAUCCUAAAAAAACAACUGUUUGGGAAACCCUGGAAGAACCUCGUAUCCAGGAUCCUGGAGAAUUUGAGGAACUCUUCUCUAAGGCGACCAUGAAAGAGAAGAAAAAACCCUUGUCAGACACUUACCAAAAGACAACCAAAACUAGAAAGAUUGUAAAGUUACUGGAUGGGAAACGCUCCCAAAAUGUAGGAAUUCUUAUAUCAAGUCUGCAUUUGGAAAUGAAAGAUAUCCAGCAAGCUAUUUUAAAUCUGGAUAACUCGGUGGUGGAUUUGGAGACUCUUCAAGCUUUGUAUGAGAAUAGAGGACAAAGUGACGAACUGGAAAAGAUAAGAAAAUAUUUUGACACCUCUAAAGAGGACAAUAAGAAGAUCCUGGAUAAGCCAGAACAGUUCUUGUAUGAAUUAUCGCAGAUUUCUAAUUUUGCUGAACGUAGCCACUGUAUCAUAUUCCAGUCCAUUUUUCUGGAAAGCAUCUCCUCACUACACCGCAAAGUAGACAUCGUAGAGCAUGUGAGCAAGAGUUUGAUGAAGCAAGAAAGUAUAAAGAUUGUGCUUGGACUGAUCCUGGCCUUUGGAAAUUACAUGAAUGGUGGGAACAGGACCCGUGGCCAGGCAGAUGGAUUUGGUCUGGAAAUUCUUCCAAAGUUAAAGGAUGUCAAAAGCAGAGACAAUCAGAUUAGUCUCGUGGAUUACGUUGUAUCCUAUUAUUUGCACAACUUUGACAAGCAGGACGCAGGAACAGACAAGAGUGUGUAUCCUUUGAUAGAGCCGCAGACCUUCCUCCUGGCUUCCCAAGUUAAGUUUGAAGAUCUCACGAAGGAACUUAGAAGGUUGAAAAGAGACCUUGAAGAAUGUGAUAAAAAAACAAGACUUGUUUGCCACCAGUCACCAGAUGCAUUACUCCAACCUUUCAAGGAAAAAAUGGAAGCAUUUAUCGAAAGUGCAAAAAGUGAGCAUAUGGUAGCAGAAGCAGGACUCCGGGAGACACAGAAAAGCUUUGAAGAUGCAACAAGAUUCUUUGGUGUGAAGCCAAAAUCUGGAGAUAAAGAGGUUACUCCAAACCAUAUUUUCAUGUUAUGGUAUGAAUUUUCUUCCGACUUCAAGAAUAUCUGGAAACGUGAAAGCAAAGCGAUUUCUAAAGAAAGGUUGAGAGAGGCUCAACUCUCUGUAAAGAAGAUAACAUCAGAGAAGAAGGUUGAAACCAAGAAAACAAAUCCUAAUAGUCUGAAAGAAAGAAUGCGCCAGAGGGCGGCCAACACGACCACCAGCUGAACACUACAAGAAACAAACUAGAUGACUUAACUCUUUGGGUGCUGCCAAUGCUUGAAGAGCUGGCGUUGAAAAGCUUGCGUAUCUUUGCAUUCUUCGUUUGCAAAAAAAAACAACUCCCUGAGGAGAUUUUCGUUACCAUGAUGACAUAAUCUUUCUUCCAUUCCAAACCUUCUUGUUUCCAGUUGGCAGAGAAAGUAUUUGUUAUUCCUUCACACAGCAUUGGCUAUAGACGUGAGUCCAAUUACUCUAUGCUGUGUGGAAUUGCUACUACAACAUGAAUAUAUUAUCUCUUGGAGCUUACAGCCGCUGGCAAUAUUUGGCGCUAGAGGUCAAAUAUUACGAUUAGACACAAGAGCUAAAACAUUCCUUAUUUUGCUAAGUGAAAUGACCCAGUGUUCAGUCUCUAUCAGCACACAUCUCUGUACUGAGCCACAUGAGGGAUCUUUUGUCAAAAAAAUUCUGCAAAAAAGCAAAAGCUAAAAUGCUAUGGGAAUCAUGUUCCAGCUCUCACCAUUGCUGUCCAUUUGGCUGGUCCUAUUUCUAAAAUUAUUCUCUCUACCUAUCACACUUUCUAUUCUCCACCAUCACCACCAUAUCUUACGUGAAUUCCCUCUUCACACUGUCGAUGUUAUCUACCUCCGCUGCCUCAAUGGGAACAUUAUUUCGCAUAUUUAUCACCUGCUGUGUAAACGAGUUAUGUCUUAACUGCAGUCUAGCUAUGGAUUUCUUGAGUCUAUCGAACAUGUCAAUAGAGUCCAGCCUCUUUAUGCACUUUAGAAUUAGAACAUUUUAGUAAGACAAUCGAAUAAUAUUUUCCAAUGUAAACAUGACUAAUUUUCUCAGUCUCUUUUCCUACCUCAGGUGCCUAGUUCUCUUUUUCAAUUGAGUCGCCCAUCAUUGUGUCCUCUCCAAUGCCCAGUAUAGACAACAGGAUAUUGCACCUUGGUCCAGACAAAUGCUUUUCUCUGUUCCUCUGCUUAUAGAGCCUAAAGACACUCACACAUUUCCAUUAUGUAAACGACAUAGUGUUAUCUUUAGCAGUUUAUGCCUUAUUCUCCUUUCAACUGCAAUCACUGUGAAAUAUACAGAGAUGGGUCAUUUCACUUCCCAAAUCACAAAUUUUUAAUGCACCUGAUAAAAAUACCUAAAGCUGUUAAAAUCCUCAACUUUUUAAAAUUUUACUCAUGACUUCCUAUUUAUGUUCUCAGAGGAAUUAAAGUUGCAUGCUGCCAGGUUUUCCUAAAAUCAGUAUUAAAGUUGAAUUAAAAUUGAUGCCAUUUGGUUCAAAUAUGAAUACAAAAUAUGCUCUGCUUGAAAAUAUUGCACAAUAUAAUUUUGAAUGAGUUAGGUUGAGAGGUUCCUCAUGUCACUGAGUGGAGUGAAAUUCAUGUUUUGAUUAAAAGGAAUGGAAUGUCCCUGGCAAUAUUUUACAACUAGCAACCUGAGAAAUACACUAUCACUACCCACUCUCCUUAUGCCUUAUCUCUUCAAUUGGGCUUUUGGUCAGUUUCCACAACACCCCCGACCACCACCCACUCUUCCCUCAGCAAACCCCC